AUGGCGCGGGCGGACACGGGCCGCGGGCUCCUGGCGCUGACCUUCUGCCUGCUGUCCGCGCGCGGGGAGCUGCUGUUGCCUCAGGAGACAACCGUCAAGCUGAGCUGUGAUGCAGGGCCACUGCAAGUGGUCCUGGGCCCCCAGCAGGCUGCAGUGCUGGACUGUAGUUUGGGGGCUACUGCUGCUGGACCGCCAACCAGGGCGACAUGGAGCAAGGAUGGGGACACCGUGCUGGAGCAUGACCACCUGCAUCUGCUACCCAACGGCUCCCUGUGGCUGUCCUCACCUCCAGAACCAGAAGACGGUGCUGACGAGGAAGCUUUUAGAACAUGGAAGGUCAUUGAGGGCAGCUAUUCCUGUCUGGCCCAUGGCCCACUGGGAGUUGUGGCCAGCCAGGUUGCUGUGGUUAAGCUUGCCACACUCGCUGACUUCUCUCUGCACCCAGAGUCCCAGACAGUGGAGGAGAAUGGGACAGCACGCUUUGAAUGUCACACAGAGGGGCUGCCCGUCCCCACCAUUACUUGGGAAAAGGACCAGGUGACAGUGCCUGAGGAGCCUAGGCUCAUCAGUCUUCCCAAUGGCGUCCUCCAGAUCCUGGAUGUCCAGGACAGUGACACAGGCUCCUACCGCUGCGUGGCCACCAAUUCAGCCCGCCAACGCUUCAGCCACGAGGCUUCACUGAGUGUGGCCCUCAGAGGGUCCUUGGAGGCUAGCAGGGGCCAGGAUGUGGUCAUUGUGGCAGCCCCAGAGAACACCACAGUAGUGUCUGGACAGAGUGUAGUGAUGGAGUGCGUGGCCUCCGCUGACCCCACGCCUUUUGUGUCCUGGGUCCGACAGGAUGGGAAGCCUAUCUCCACAGAUGUCAUCGUUUUGGGCCGGACCAAUCUACUCAUCACCAGUGCGCAGCCCCGGCACUCUGGUGUUUAUGUCUGCCGAGCCAACAAGCCCCGCACCCGCGACUUUGUCACCGCUGCAGCUGAGCUCAGAGUGCUGGGGGCUCCUGCUAUCUCGCAAGCGCCAGAGGCACUGUCGAGGACGCGGGCCAGCACCGCGCGUUUCGUGUGCCGCGCGUCGGGGGAGCCACGGCCCACGCUACGCUGGCUGCACGACGGGGCCCCGCUGCGACCCAACGGACGCGUCAAGGUGCAGGGUGGUGGUGGCAGCUUGGUCAUCACGCAGAUCGGCCUGCAGGACGCCGGCUACUACCAGUGCAUAGCAGAGAACAGUGCAGGAACCGCGUGUGCGGCUGCGCCCCUGGCGGUGGUGGUACGCGAGGGGCUGCCCAGCGCCCCGACUCGGGUUACAGCCACGCCUCUGAGCAGCUCUGCUGUGCUGGUGGCCUGGGAGCGGCCUGAACUGCACAGCGAGCAAAUCAUUGGCUUCUCCCUUCACUACCAAAAGGCAAGGGGAGUGGACAACGUGGAGUACCAGUUUGCAGUGAACAAUGACACCACAGAGCUGCAGGUUCGGGACCUGGAACCCAACACGGAUUAUGAAUUCUACGUGGUGGCCUACUCCCAGCUAGGGGCCAGCCGCACCUCCAGCCCAGCCCUGGUGCAUACACUGGAUGAUGUCCCCAGUGCGGCACCCCAGCUCGCCCUCUCCAGCCCCAACCCCUCAGACAUCAGGGUGGCAUGGUUGCCCCUGCCUUCAGGCCUGAGCAACGGCCAGGUGGUGAAGUACAAGAUAGAGUACGGCCUGGGAAAGGAAGAAGAUCAGGUUUUCUCCACUGAGGUACACGGAAAUGAGACACAGCUUACGUUAGACUCACUUCAGCCGAACAAGGUAUACCGAGUUCGGAUUUCGGCCGGCACUGGGGCUGGCUAUGGAGUCCCUUCCCAGUGGAUGCAGCACAGGACACCUGGCAUGCACAACCAGAGCCAUGUUCCCUUUGCCCCUGCAGAAUUGAAGGUGAGGGCAAAGAUGGAAUCCCUGGUGGUGUCAUGGCAGCCGCCCCCUCACCCCACCCAGAUUUCUGGAUACAAACUCUACUGGCGUGAGGUGGGGGCAGAGGAAGAGGCAGACGGUGACCGCCCCCCAGGGGGCCGUGGAGACCAGGCUUGGGAUGUGGGACCCGUGCGGCUCAAGAAGAAAGUGAAGCAGUAUGAACUGACCCAGCUAGUCCCUGGCAGGCUGUACGAGGUGAAGCUCGUAGCUUUCAACAAACACGAGGACGGCUACGCAGCUGUAUGGAAAGGCAAGACUGAGAAGGCGCCCACGCCAGACCUGCCUAUUCAAAGGGGGCCGCCCCUACCUCCUGCCCACAUCCAUGCGGAGCCAAACAGCUCCACCUCCAUCUGGCUUCGGUGGAAGAAGCCAGACUUUACCACCGUCAAGAUUGUCAACUACACUGUGCGCUUUGGUCCUUGGGGACUCAGGAAUGCCUCCCUGGUCACCUACUAUACCAGCUCUGGAGAAGACAUCCUCAUUGGCGGGCUGAAGCCAUUCACCAAGUAUGAGUUUGCGGUACAGUCCCACGGCGUGGAUAUGGAUGGGCCUUUUGGCUCCGUAGUAGAGCGCUCCACCCUGCCUGACCGGCCUUCGACACCCCCCUCUGACCUACGCCUGAGUCCCCUGACACCAUCCACUGUUCGUCUACACUGGUGUCCCCCCACGGAGCCCAAUGGUGAGAUCGUGGAGUAUCUAAUUCUCUACAGCAACAACCACACUCAGCCUGAGCAUCAGUGGACGCUGCUCACCACAGAGGGAAACAUCUUCAGUGCGGAAGUGCAUGGUCUGGAGAGUGACACCCGGUACUUCUUCAAGAUGGGGGCCCGCACGGAGGUGGGGCCUGGGCCCUUCUCCCGCUUACAGGAUGUGAUCACUCUCCAGGAGACAUUCUCAGACCCCUUGGAUGUGCGCUCUGUCACAGGCAUCGUUGUGGGCGUCUGCCUGGGCCUCCUCUGCCUCCUGGCUUGCAUGUGUGCCGGCCUCCGACGGAGCUCCCACAGGGAAGCCCUCCCAGGGCUAUCCUCCACAGCCACCUCUGGGAAUCCAGCACUGUACUCCAGAGCUCGACUUGGGCCCCCCAGUCUCCCUUCUACCCAUGAGCUGGAGUCCCUCGUGCACCCCCGCCCUCAAGACUGGUCCCCACCGCCCUCAGAUGUGGAAGACAAGGCUGAAGUACACAGCCUUAUGGGUGGCAGUGUUUCAGAUUCCCGGGGCCACUCCAAGAGAAAGAUCUCCUGGGCUCAACCAGGUGGCCUGAACUGGCCAGGCUCCUGGGCAGGCUGUGAGCUGCCCCAGGGGAGUGGUCCUAGGCCUGCUCUGACCCGUGCCCUGCUGCCUCCAGCUGGAACUGGGCAGACACUGUUGCUGCAGGCUCUGGUGUAUGAUGCCAUAAAGAGCAAUGGGAGGAAGAAGCCGCCCCCAGCCUGCAGGAAUCAGGUGGAGGCUGAGGUCAUUGUCCACUCCGACUUCGGUGCAUCCACAGGAAGUCCUGACUUCCACCUCCCAGACCCGGAGCCUGAGGAACCCCUGCCUACAGAGGCUCUGCCUUCCACCUCAGGGGUUGUGGAUCUGUCUCGAGGAACAGACUGGCUGGGCGGGGAGCUGGAAGGGUGCGAAGAGGCAACCAGUGGGCCAGAGAGGCUCACCUGCUUGCCAGAGGCAGCCAGUGCCUCCUGCUCCUGCCCAGACCUCCAGCCUGGCACCUCUCUAGAGGAGGCCCCUGGAAAAAGCUGUCAGCCCAAAGCCCUGUGCCCUCUAGCGGUCAGCCCAAGCCUCCCCAGGGCUCCUGUCACCUCUGCUCAGCUUCCCUGA